AUGUCCGAUCAAAUACAAGUUCUCAGAACACUAAUUAAUACUCUCGAUUUCACUGAAGAGGAAAAAAUUGCUUUACGAAAAUAUUUUAUUGGGAAUGAAAAACGACAAAAUGACACGUUGGCUUUCCUUCCUGACUGUCCAACUGAUGACACAAAAUCUGUAUUCUUGAGAUCUCUAAUCCCUACGCCCACACAAAUGAAAAUAAAAAUCACUGAUGCCUUUCAUGGAGGCUUGCUAUAUAUGAAACCUGAACCUUUACUUUACACUUCCGGGCUUUUUGACAAAUUGAAUCUUCCGAUCUAUCUUUUCCUUUCUGGAGCUGGUACUGGAAAAUCUCGAAAUGCCAAUGAAUUCCACCAAACGGCAAUCACAUGUUUGUUAGCUCAAGAAGAUGAGGAGCUGUUGACUAGGAUUAAAGAAGCUUGGGUAUUCCAUGUCACCUAUGAGAAUGGCUUUGGCUUACGAGAAGAUGAAUCCCGCCCUUAUUAUGCUAUUGGUACUCGCAUGCUAUUUAGAGAUAAAAUGACGCUUAAUAAAAUUAUCGAGACAUACGAGCCACCAGAUCCGUUGGUUGUGACAUUGAUUGCCAAACACCAUAAUCAAGACUUGAGAAACGUUACAGCCAUUUUGGUUAUUGAUGGAAUACAACAGCUUAUGGAGAGCAAAGAUGAUGGUUUAAAGUUAAAUUCUAUAUUUUACAAAACUCUGACAUCUAUUGCAGAUCUUGCGUUUAGUGGCAUUUUCAUGAUACCCGUUUGUACCUCAACUAUCGCUGGACCGAUUGAUGGUAUGUUGAGAUAUUCAACGCGGGAUCGUGUAUACCUACCAGUCGCUUCUCUACAACCUCCAAACUAUAAACAGGGAAUUCCAGUCUUUAAAAAUGAUGUGCUUACUAACAUUCUUGUGGAAGACUGCGGAGGGCAUGGAAGGGCCCUAGAAGUUCUGAAUGAUUGCUUGGCUGGUCGUAGUAUUGAAGAAUGCAAUGUUGAUACUUUGAUGAAUGAACUGUGUCAUAACCUCACUAAAAAAUACUGUGAUGCAAUUUUUGUUUCUGUGGAAGAAGCCAGGCCCAUUGCACGAGCGAUAUUGACUAAACGCCUCUUAAAUAGAUAUAAACCUAUUCCCAAAACUGACAAAACACCAGAUGAGUUUGUUGGCAGUGGGUUGAUUCGAUUUGAGCAAGUAGAAAAUAGCCUAAAAAGGUACCUCACUGCACCAUAUAUCUGGCUCUGGAUAUUUGUAGAGAUGUCUCAACAGCUAGGAGAUCCAAUACUUCAAGAUUGGGGGUUUGCUGAUUAUGAAGAGCAAAGAGCACUCUUGAAUCCAGUAACAUUGUUGCAAGCCAAGACAUGGCAGAGUUUUGAAAAAUUUGUUGCAUCAUUUCGUUGUAUAAAGUCAGCUGUGAUUGAAGAAGAUGAGCUAAUUACGAUCUCAGAGGUUCAUGCGGGAGCACACACAAGGUCUAAAACUCUUACUGCAAGUGAAUGGAAUGUUGAUUGCUAUAAUUCUACUGUUGAUGUUCGGCAAUUCAGACAUUGUAUUAUUAAUGCCCUAUCAUCACCAUAUGGAGAUUCCUUCCUUUCAUUAGAUCAGCUGGCAGUCAGUAAAAAGCAAUACCAAGAAGAGCGUGAAAAAUCAGCAUCAGAAAAUGAUUUUUUCAUCCUCUUUACAACUGCAAAUUGUAACAUUGAAAUUCCAAAAAGGUCGGAAAUUGUAGAUAAAAAUACCUUUACAAGCUAUUUUGGACCAUUUGCUGGAAGAGCAUACAGAUCCGCUAUGGCACCCUCUAUUUAUAAUAAUAAAGUUAAGAACAUCUAUACCGUUUCUCUUGGGCAAAUCUACUUCAUGAAUCAAAUUAGCAAAGAACAAGUGAAUGCAAAAACAAAGAUACCAAUGAAGAAUUUUUAUUUCCGAAAAGGCCUUAACAUGAUUUCUCACAUUUUGAUGUGA